AUGCUUCCUAUAUACUUUUGUAUUGCUUCUUGCUUUUCAUAUAUCACUCUAGGAGAGGAGCAAUGCGAUUUCAAGUGUUGGAUUCGGAAACUCAAUAUUUCUAUUGAUGGAUUUAGUACAGAAACAUCAUUUUUAGGUAUUAAGUACAAGAUAGAAAUCAAUGACAUUAAAGUUUAUGGUAUGGAUUUAAGUUAUCUUGAUAGUGAAUUCUACCCAGAUUCUCAUAUUGUUCAAAAUGGUCUCGAGUUCGAGUUUGAUUUGCAAGCUUCUUCGGAUUUUACAUUAGUAAUUAGUACAGGAAGUACAAAGCUUGUUAAUGCUGCAGUUCAUGCAGCUAUUACCGGUGUUGAUGCUCAAAUUAGUUUAGAUUUUACCAAGGAUGAGUUGGGAUUAAUUAAAGCUGUUAUUUCUCCUGAAGAUAGAUGCUCCAUAAAGUUGAACUCAAUUAAACUUGAAGCGCAUUUUUCAUCAUCAUUAGAACAAAAAUUUUUUGAUUUAUUAGAAGGUUUUAUUGAGGAUCAAUUAAAACAGAGAAUAGGCCCAAUAAUAUGUACACAAACACAUGAUAUAAUAGGGUCUGAAAUUACUCAAGCAUUUGAAUCCGCAAACAAAGUUAUUCGGCCAUACUUAAAUGGAACGCAUCCUAUCGUAAUUCCUAUUGAUCAAGAUAGUUCUGGUCUUAGAAAAUCAGAAAUUGUUGACGUUAUCAGAUUUGUUCUUUCAAAUUUCACUGGAUUGAACGGCCCUCUAAAUCUUAAUGCCCUUGCAAAUAGAUUUACUAAUGGAACAGGAAAAUUAAACCUUGCACAAAUCAUGAAAUAUUUCAACUCCACAAAACCAUUAGAGAUUUCUGCACCGAUUCCAAACCUCAAUACAACUCUUAACCUUACUUUGCUUGACCUCAACCUCUCAGGCUUAAAUACCUGGCAAGAUUUUACCAUUCUUGAGCCAGAAAGUGCAUAUAUCUUAGAUACCCAUACUGGAAUGGAUGCUUUAGGUAUAAACUUGACAUUUAUGAUUAAUGUUUCAUUCAAUGGCACCACGAUCUCAACAGGUGAUUCUUAUCUCUCAGAAAUUGGAGAUCUUGACCUUUAUAUCACUAAGAACAAGAUGAUGACGAAAGCCCAGAUUGCUCAUAAAAAAGGGUAUGGCCUAAAUUGGACCGAUCCUCAAUGCAUCAAUCUUGGUUGUAUAGAAUCCCUUCUCUCUCCACAUGGAACAGGACUAACUUACCUCUCCUUCAACACAUCUAUAGAAAACUUGUCUAUUGAAGCUAGCACUGGUGAUAUGGAGGCAGAAAUUCGCAAAUUUAUCAACAACAUUGUAAAGUUCUUUGUAGACAACUACAGGCCAAUUCUUCCAGUAUUUGUCACAUCCUUUGUCAACAGCUUUGGUACAUCGAAGCUGAAUGCAAUUAUAACAGAGCAACUCUCAAAAGCAGGAUGUAAGUAUAUUGCUGAAUACCCAAAUAAAUAUUUUGUUUUAUGGACCACUGCUACAGCUGCAUCAUGUGCUUUGGCUAUCUUUCUCAUCAUUUUCAUGAUUAUGAGGUCAAGUCUUAAGAAGACGAAUGAACUCGAAUCCAAGACUAAAUCGCUUGAGUCUUUGAAUUCACUAUCCAAGAUCACUGAAGAAGGUUCUAUCAAAGGCUUUUGGGGUAAGUUCCUCAGAACUGACGACCAAAGCUCCCUUCUAAUGACAAGCAAGCUUUCAUUAACAACAAGGAUAUUGAUGCCUCUGCUGGUUCUUCUCAACAUAGCUGUAUUCAUAUCAUCGAAUACAAGUAUUGGCGCUUCUGUUUUCUGUAAAUUUAUGAUUGGCACAGACAAACUUGUAUCGCUCCCAUCAAUUGAAGAUUUCUCGCUCAUCAACUCGAUCACGGAGAUGUGGGAAGCGAAGACGUACUUCUUAUCUAUCCUUAUUGCAGUCAUGUCAUGUGCUUGGCCUUAUACAAAACUGUUAAUGAUGCUUGGGUGCUGGUGCCUCCCUUCUCCUGUUAUGAAACCAGAGAGAAGAGAGAAAUGGCUAAGGUUUUUGGAUGCAUUAGGUAAAUGGAGUAUGGUUGACUCUUUUGUAAUGGUACUUAUGCUUAUUGCAUUCAAUUUCGAUCUAUACUUCCCUAUUAUAUCAGGGAUGAUCGAUUCUCCUUUUUCCAUCCAUCUUUGGGUCUAUCCAGCAUACGGAUUCCUCAUGCUGAUGCUAGGAACAGUAAUCUCUCUUGCCCUCUCCCAUGUCAUGCUGGCCAUUGAAAGGAAAGUUGACUCUCCUGAAGAAAAGAUUGAAACAGAAAGCUUGAAAGAAAAGAACUCUCUCGCUAAGUACGUAAACAACAAGUUCUACAAAGUGAUACCAGUCAUUCUUAUUUUACUCAGCGGAGGAUUGCUUGGUAUUGGCUUGAUUUCUAUCUCCUUCUCAUUUAAUUUUGAAGGAUUGACGGGAUAUGCACUUAAUUUACUUGAUACAUCUCAUGAAAAGCGUUACUCUGUGAUUGAUCUAGCUUUGAAGCUUCCUGAUGCAGCACAAUAUCCUAACUCGUUCACAAUUAGAUUUACUCAGGUGCUCUACAUUGUUAUCGCUAUUAUAAUGCCUUGCAUGCAUGUUUUAACAUUAUUUAUUAUGUGGGUCAUCCCAAUGUCGUAUAGAGCACAGAAGACGAUAUACGUCGCAGCCGAAAUUAUGUACGCUUGGGCUUGCCUAGAUGUUUUUAUUAUUUCUAUCUUAGCUGCCGUUUUGGAAAUUUCUCAAUUUGCAAGGUUUAUGGUUGGAGAUAAAUGCGAUAUAAUUGAUCCGAUUGUAAAGAAGUUCUUUGCAAAUGAACCGUUAAUCAAGGGUCAUGAAACAUGCUUUGAUGUAGUCACAACAUUGAAUGAAGGAUCUUGGUAUCUUUUCUCUGCAGCUGUUGCACAUACAAUCGCAACAUUGUUGGUGAAUUUCUUCGCGAGAAAAGCUCUCAAUGAAAGAAAAGGAAAAGAUCAAUAUCAAUCUAUUGUUUAA